CCUCCCUCUCCACCGACUCCCCCCUCCCCAUGUCUGAUUCCGCGACCCAGCAUCGUCGCCAGCCUCCCUCCCCCCUCGUCUUCACUCCAGAAUCCGUCCUGCCUUCCGUGGUCUCCAGUACAGCCCCAAGUUCAAGCCAUGGCUCAGGCUCAAAUACCGUCUCUAUGCCCUUCGUUCGCAGGCAUGUCACACGCAGGCUCAAGACAGCAAAGGCAGAUUGUGACAAGGAGCUCCGUCGUGUCAUAAACAACGUCACUACUUUCUUCGAGGAGCGUCUCAGAGAAUCGGAGCAUGACAGGGAAUUGGAACGUGACUACCAACGCGAGUCGGACCGCGACGACCACGAUCGUGAAUCUCAAGUUGGCGACUACGAAUCCCUUAGAGAACACUUCAUCAACUCGAGCGCAGAGCAUCGCCCCCAGUCUCAGGCGGAUACCUACUCGGAUAGCGGUUAUGAGCCAGAGCCAGAGAGUCAGCACAGUCGACAACGUGCGUCUAAUCCCGACGAGAGUUCCUCACGCCGCUCUCUAACGCAUAGGCUCUCUUCGCCCGGCCUUCUUGCAGCUUCUACCUCGUCUUCGUUUAGCCCAGGUCUUCGCAGGCAAAACACGCUUCCGUGGGAUAAACCCGCCCCUGGUCCUUCCACCGCCUCGAGUAGCAAUGUGCCUAGUCCAGUCAUCCCCACCGCGGGUCUGUCCGACGUUGCUAGUCCCCGUAAGGGAGUAAGGGAUACUGCUCCCACGACAUGGCCCUCUCAGAGCAUGUCCUCACGCCGGCUCUCCCGCUCAAUCCAUAUUCCCGUCCGCCCGGUGCCGUCGGGCCAGAGUUCUCGCUCGACCUCGCGGUCCCGGUCUCCAUUGCCACCAACAACUUCUCACAGUAGCUUUUCUGACGCAGGCGGUGCAUUCAAUUCGUCGUCAAAUCGACGGUCCUCGCGUAUACUCGUGGAUGAUCCGGUCGAUCCCAUCAUGACAGCACUGUACGACCUGAUAGGCGUUGCAACUGACGUGACCGAGAUGUCUACAGCACACUUGACUUCCCAGCCAAAAGUCUGUGAAUCGCUUGUGCAACGGGUGCAGGCAAUUGGCAAGGCUUGGGAUGAUCACCCAGACUGGCACGGUCGCAACUGGUACGUGCAGGUGCUUUUGGCGGUCGCCAGUCUUAGUCGUGUUAUGGAGUGGUGGGAGGCUGAGAAGAGUUUCUGGAACUUUGACGAUGAUGGAGACGAGCAGGAGGAACCUCUGAUGUUCGUGAUGAAACCUCCUGAGGAAAGUCAUCCCAUCCCAACACCAACAUCCCGCCAAAGACAUGAUGAUAACUUCAUGCGACGAGCCUCUGAGGACGACCAUAGAUUACGGCUUCAUAGACCAACAAGCCAGCCUCGACGCUCAAGGGAUGACAAGCCAAAAGACCUCUUGAUGUCCUCUAAAAUCCCAGAGCAAAUGCCUCCAACCCCUCCAAGCAAGCUGUUGGAACAUAAUGAAUCUGCGCGUGUGUUGGCAACUGAACGUCUUCGUCUUCAAGCUGAGACGGCUCAGAACCAAAACAUUGUCAUGGAAAUCAGCUUGGAUGGUGAGCACUUUAUCUGGGUCAACUACGCUUGGCUCGUGGUUGUCGGAACGGACCCCGUCGAGCUCACUGGGACUCGGAUAUCACGUCUUCUUGCUCCUUCAGACUGGGUUGUCUUCAAGCAGGCGACACAACGUUUACAGCAGGAUGAGUCGCAGACUCUGGAGAUCCGGUUUAGGCUACAAGUGGAGCCCGAGGAUCGUGAUCCUUCGGCCAACGCUGUCCUGUACCAGAUGAUGGAAGGCAAGGGUAUGCUCAUGAUCGAUCGGGAGGACGGACAGCCCUCGCACACUAUGUGGGUAGUGAAGCCCAUCGCACCACCGAAGUACGAGAACGCAUCGCCGUAUAUAAUGGUGGAAGGUGGAGAAAUGGAAGAAGAACUACUCGAGAGUACCAAAUUCUCGAAGCGCCUUGAGGGACAACCAACUCAAGAUGUCGAAGCAGCCCUACCUUUCUCCAUACCUAUCUGCACUGACCCGAUCCUAUGCCGCAUCUGCGAGUGUCAAAUUCCUCAGUGGUACUUCGAGAAGCAUAGUGAGACCUGCGCUGAGGUUCACAGGCUGGAGGCUGAAAUUGCUGAGCACAACGAUACUAUCGGCGAGCUACGCAAUACAAUCCGGGAUCUGCUUCCUGUGAUUGAAACGCCUACACCCGGAGUGCCUGCACAGUAUCGUGGCAUGACGCUCUUCACGCCAUCUUCAUCACCAAUCCUGUCAAGCCCAUUGCAAAUGUUCCGCAGCGGCAAGAUGCAACGGGUCGGUGUCAAGAAGAUGCAGCUACGCAUACUCAACACAUUGGACGACAUUUUGGCACUCGCUUGCGAGGUUAAGAUGCCAUCACUCAAGGAGGAGGAGGCGAAGGAGCCCAUUGAGCGUCAGCGUUUGCUCUCUCCCAGCUCUGAACGGAAGAUGUCACAAGUUCGUGUGUGGUGCAAGCCAUCGAUCGAGGAUCCCGCGCUAUCGCAACUCGCAGAAGAUGUGGAGCUUGUCAUUCGGUCCAAGGUAGACAACGUCGCACGGAUGCAGAACACGAUCCGUUAUGCGGAGAAGAUCUGGCAGGAAUGGCAGGAGAAGGUUGAGAACUUCUUGGAUGCGACUGAGGAGGACGAUGAUGAAGAGGAAAGUGAAGAAGAAGGGGAAGAAGGUCAGAGGCAGGAAGCUGCUCAUGGAGAACGCCCACCAUCGGCUUCCUUGCAAGUUCCUCAGCAAACGUUUGGAGGACUCCCAGAUCUGUCAUCGCUCUCGUUGUCGGAUGAGACACCUCAGAAGACUAGUCCAGAGCCCACCCCUGUUGCUUCUUCUCCUGCACCUAUCCCUACUCCGCCCGAAAGUCGAGCCGCUGUCUCUAUGCCAGCGCCAACCUUCAUCCCGCCGACGUGGCAAGCAGUUGCUAAGCUUCCCACUCGUUCGUCGACACCCUCGUCUAUUUCGUCACCACUCGCUCUUGCUGCCCCCAUAACGGCAGCAUCUUCUCUUGAAGACCAGCCACCUUAUAUGAAUCUCGAUGAUGCCAUGCACGAGAACAUCACCAUUCGUACACGCCGGUCCACAAACAACCUCCUUGAGCCAAGGCUUGCUGUUCCAGAGUCGCCGACGUCGUCGCCGAAGGAAAUUCCCUCAGGGUCGAGGAAAAGUCAUCGCCGUCUUUCAACAAUCAACCCCAUCCUGAGCCCUACUAUAUCAGCUAGUAGCGGUCCCACUUCUCCUCGACAACCUUCGGCCGCUCCCCUUUCGCGCACGAACCCAACGUCAAUAAGGGAUUUCGACAUUAUCAAGCCGAUCAGCAAGGGGGCAUUCGGUUCUGUUUUCCUUGCCAAGAAGAAAGUCACUGGCGAUUACUAUGCCAUCAAGGUCCUCAAGAAAGCAGACAUGAUCGCCAAGAACCAGAUUACCAACGUCAAAGCCGAGCGUAUGAUCCUCAUGAGACAAGCCGAGUCGCCCUUCGUGGCUAAGUUGUACUUCACGUUCCAGAGCAAGGAGAACCUGUACCUUGUAAUGGAGUAUCUGAACGGAGGAGACUGCGCGGCCCUCAUCAAAUCGCUUGGCUCUUUGCCUGAAGAAUGGACAAAGAACUACAUUGCUGAGGUCGUUCUUGGUUUGGAGUAUCUUCAUGAGCGCGGCAUUGUACAUCGUGAUCUCAAGCCCGAUAACCUUCUUAUUGACCAGCAUGGGCAUCUUAAGCUCACUGACUUCGGUCUUAGUAGGAUUGGUCUCUUGGGUCGUCAAACCCGCGAGAACCCACUUGGGCACGGGACGCGGACGCGGACCAGAUACGACUCUCGCUCCAGGCCUCCGUCUAUUGACUCUGGCUUCUUGUCGUCCCCAAUGCUACCCACCGAUAUGACAGGCUCCGGAGGUUCGUAUUUUAGCCAGCGACCACAGUCGGUACCGCGCCUUGGAACUACGCCUCAUCAGCCCCCCACAGAUGAAGUCGGCGAGUUCGGCGGAUCAGACACGCUGGUGCACCACUUGUCUCGCCGCGCCGGCGAGAGCCCUCUUCAGUCGUUUGCCGCGGAGUUGACCACCGACCUUCGUUCUUACUCUGGCGGCGGCAACACUCCACCAGGGGAACAGAAGUUCGUGGGCACUCCUGAUUAUUUAGCACCUGAAACGAUUCUUGGUCUGCGCGGGGAUGAUGCUGCUGUUGACUGGUGGGCCCUUGGUGUCAUCACGUACGAGUUCCUCUACGGCAUCCCUCCUUUCCAUGCGGAAACUCCGGAGAAGGUUUUCGAGAACAUCCUUUCUGGCAUGGUUGAUUGGCAUGAAGACUGGGUCGACUUCUCGGACGAAGCCCAUGACUUCAUGAAGCGCUUGAUCGACGUUGACCCAAGCGAGCGUCUGGGUAGUAACGGCGCCGAAGAGGUCAAGGCACACCCUUGGUUCUCUGACAUCGUGUGGGACGAGGUGACCUCGACUGAAGCUGCGUUCAUACCACAGAUCACAGAUCCCGAGUCAACGGAUUACUUUGAUCCGCGAGGAGCUAUCCCUCAGCUAUUCCACGAUGAAGAUGUAGCCAUCUCGAACCCAUUGGACAGCCCGUCAUUGAAUCCGCUUAUCUCCACGUCCAACAUGCCCGUGUACACUCCGAAAGAGGCCAAUCACUCUCCUGGAGAUGACUUCGGUUCUUUCAGUUUCAAGAACUUGCCAGUCCUGAAGCAGGCUAACGACGAUGUUAUUCGCAAAUUGAAGACGGACCAGCUCGUACCCAUCACCCAUACUUUAUCAGACCCCGCGAUGGUUCACGGGCGCAAACGUAGCCUCUCACAGCGGCACAAGAAACCUCCCAGCGUUGUGACUCAAGUGGAACAGAAACCCACUUCGCCAAACCCCCCUUCGCCUUCUACAUCGGCUUCUUCCAUCGCGUCAUCACCGUCUCGCGCUAGCGGACCAUCUUCCACGCCGGGAAGUACUACUGGCGGUCAUGCCCGUAAGCCCUCCGAGCUUGGAGCAGUCGAGAGGUUCAAGCUUAAUCAGCUGGAGGGCGUUGAGCGUCGAAACUCGAUGCCAAGUCGCCUACGGACCUCGUCUGUAUCUAGCACGGGGGACGCGGGAGAUGGCUCUGGCUCAGACAAUUGGACGUCCUCUGCAGGGCAUGGAUCAGCUCACUUUGACACCACCCCUCCGUCAUCCGUUCAUUCGAUCGAUCUCCGUAAGGGGCCUGAUCCGAGUGACCGAGCGGUAACAUGCUUGCUGGCUGAGGACAACCCCAUCACAGCAAAGAUCAUCGAGACGUUGUUGAUCCGUCUUGGGUGCAGGGUGAUAGUCGUUCAAGAUGGUUCGGAGGCGAUCAGCGUGGCCAUGGGGGACAUCAAAUUUGACUGUAUUCUGAUGGAUCUACACAUGCCAAUCCUUGAUGGGGAGAGUGCGGCACGGUACAUCAAGAACACGAACGGCAAGAACACGAACACGCCUAUCAUUGCCGUCAGCGCGUACAGUGCCUCCGAUGUGAGCGAUCUGGACACACUCUUUGCCGGGUCGCUCGCAAAGCCCCUGCAACGGGCCGAUUUGCUUGCUAUGAUGCGGAAGCUUGGCUUCAAAACGUCUGCUGUUUCGGGAGUCCCGCUAACAACCAAGAUUAGCACUGGUGUUCGUGUAUAAUGACCCUUUAAUGCCUUAUGUUUGGUUGUCUUUGUUUUCUCUUCUCUUCCUUCCUUCUUUCUAUGUUCGUUUGCUUGUCUGGUCUCGUGUCUAUUUUGCAUAUCAUCUUCUCAUUGCCUCGCUGUUCAACUGCAUGUCACCCAUUUCCACACAUCUCGUUCGCCACUUUUCACUGCAAUACACUCAUAUCAGCAUAUUUUUCUGCGCUAUUCAUUUCGGUUUUUUUCGCCUAGCAUACUGUACGUUACGUCCUAGAGUAUGUGCUUUCUGCACGAUGUUUGGCUUGUACAUCUGCGGCCUUGCUUGUCAAUCACCG